UUAUUACCCUACGGGAGGAAAAGAACCAUCGCAGUUAUAAGGUUGUUACUGUGGGAUGUAUUUCAGAACGUAUUUUUACAAGUACUAGUCAGGAACUUUUUGGUCAAUAGUGCUGAUUGUUUGUUAGUGAGGCUAAGACAGGACUUUAUCAUUUUGAAAGAAAUCAUUGGAGUUUUGCUUAAUAUCAACAAAUAGCUUUUAGACAUUCAAGAUGCCUAUACCAGUGUGGGAAGAAGAGAUGACCCCAGAAAUCCGGAAAAUAGCGGAGAAAGAACUGGGGGAAACGCCUGAAAUUAAGGAAAAGGCACUUAAGGAACUGCGAAGGCUUAUAAACGAGGAAAGUGAUUUUCGACCCCAAACGAACGACACUUUUCUUCUCCGUUUCCUUCGUGCCAAAAAGUACGAUGUGAAAAGAGCCUUCAAAACCCUUCAAAACUACUAUAUCUUCAAGGCUCGCUAUUCCGGGAUCAUGACUGACUUUACUCCAAAAGAUGUGAAAAAUGUGAUAGAGAUGAACAACAUGUUGCUCAUGCCAUACAGACAUCCAUCAGGAGCGGCAGUGGGGUACGCAAGAUUAGCACACUUCGACAUCGAAAAGGUUACCAAAGAAGAAAUUUUCGCCACCGCGCUCAUAGGAUUGGAAUACCUCCUGCAGUUUGAAGCAAGUCAAGUGUGUGGCUACAUUAUAAUCUUAGAUUGGAACAAAAUAUCCAUGCGGAUUUUGAAACACUGGCUGUCUCCUACUUUCCUAUACCGUGGUAUCCGUCUUGUGCAAGAUUGUGUACCUUGCCGUGCCAAAGGCUUUCACGUCAUCAACGAACCUUUCUUUUUCAACGUUGCUAUCAACCUAGUCAAGAGUUUAUUAUCUGAAAAACUCAUGAAACGAAUCUUCUUCCACGGCAGCAAUUUGAAGAGUUUGCACAAGCACAUACCUCCAAGCAUUCUACCUGAAGAGCUGGGUGGUGAAAUAGGACCUCUCAGUUCUCACGUCCCAAAUAUGUACUCUAAUAUUUUAGAUCGAGAGAAUGCCUACGAAAAACUGAAUAAAUAUGGGUUCCAGGAAAAGAAGAUACAACAUUUGAAAAAGCAAAAUACCAGGAAUGUCUUCUUGUAGCAUUUUCGCCAUUUUUUUUCCCCGUGUGUUUUUGCCAUUCAAGCCAGAAGAACUUUCAAAAUCAUUCAUUCAAUAUUUCUUACUAAUUAUGGCAACUGAGAACUUUUAAUACUUUCUUUACCAGUUAUGAAAAGAUUGCUUGUACAUAGUCAGAAAAGCAAGAUGCUAUAAUGAGAGUAUGAAGUAAGAAAAAACGUAAUAAAAUUCAAAUAUAUCA